AUGCCAGAGCGUGAGUCGGACUUGCAAUUCAAUGACAUUGUCCCUCUUGCCUUUCGAAUAGUUCUAUUCCUCGAGCUAGGAAUCUUUCUUUGGUAUGCGUUGAUACGCAUCUGCCAUGGGGUUUUCCGAAUCAAUGUCUUGGCCAUUCUCAACUUGUCCUUCUCGACUAGAAAGUACAGUCACUCAAACGCAGGUGAUUUCACCACCGGCGAAUAUGCUACGGUUGCAUCUGCCGACUUGGAGGAAAAUGUUAUAUUGACCAAAGGUGUAUACCGCACGCUAAGACUGACAUUUGCACUCAAUUUUGCUGGUCUCGCAACAUACUGGGCUUCACUCGUUUUCAGCCACGAGAAAAGUUUCUUCAGACAAACAGCAAGCAUCUACUUUCCAGCACUUCUCUUCUUCAUCACGUUGCAUCGGGCCAUGGGCAAAGGUGCAUCCAUGGGCCAAACGAGAAUGUUCACCACCCUAAAGCGAGUAUUGGUGGGUCAAAUCAACUCCACAACUAUGAGAACUAAUGAUAUUCUUCUCUCUGAUAGUCUCACAUCUUACGCCAAAGUGUUAAAUGACGUUUUCAUGUUGGCAUGGACUAUAUUAAUGCCGGCCGAUAAAGGAUAUAAUGUCUAUCUUGAGACAUUUGUGUUGGCAUAUCCAGCGCUCAUACGUAUAAAGCAGUGUUGGUAUGAGUAUUCGCAUACGAGAGACAGGAAUCACUUCUACAACAUGCUCAAGUAUUCCUGUCAAGUGGGACCACUCGUCAUUAACAUGUUGAUUAAGCUUAGCAUGUCACACCUCACUUCAGAGAAGGGAAUUUCUCCCAGGCUUCUGGAACUUAAUUUCUGGUGGUACAUAUUCAGUGCUGUCAGCUCCACAUACUCAUUUAUAUGGGAUAUCCGCAUGGAUUGGGAAUUUGGUUUGUUUGAACCCGUAUUCAGACCCAAAACUCGGCGUUUCGAGCCUAUUGGCAACCGCUCACAGUUGGUAUUUAAUAAUUUUCUCAUGUAUUAUGUGGCUAUAAUUGUGGAUUUCUUUGUUCGCUUCAUCUGGGUUUUCAAAAUGUUUGUUAUGAAAGAAGCGGAAAUGGACUUGGGUCUCAGGCACAGAGUGGGCAACUUUUUGUUUGGAUACGACUUCUUAUCGUUUGGCUAUGUCUUGUUGGAGACACUUGAGAUCUUGCGAAGAUGGAUUUGGUGCUUUCUCAAACUCGAAUGUGAGUUCAUCAAGUUUCAAGAGAAGAACGAUUUGGCCCAUGCUGUACCUUUAGCGGCGCUCGACAAGUGA